UUUUUCUGUCCCCUCCCGCCUCGUUCGCUCUGCUUCUACUAUCUUCAGUCAAGCUCGAUAAUAUCAGGUACCUCGUGAUUAUAAUUUCCAGCUCGAAAGCUAACGAUAGAAGUCCGUCUGUAAGUGCUACCGCCUGGGUAUUCCAUCGUUCGCGUUUGAGAUCCGAAAAUCGUUUGAUCGGAGCAGCCAGGUUUGAUCGGUCCGAAAGGCGUGAGUUGCUCAGUCGCGCAAAGUACCAGUCAGGAACGAUGCGUCGUCAAACAGUCCCUAGGGUUUUGCUGCUCGCGCUAUGCCUCUCCUCCUUCACCGCCGCAAUCUCCGCGCAAUGGAUAAAAGGCUUCGUCGCGUCGUACUACGCGCUGCAGAACCGCCCCAACGGCGCGUGCGGGUACCCCGUGAUCCACUACAACACCGCGUCGUUGUCCACUGUCGGGUACGCCAACGGCAGCAACUGCGGCGCGUGCUUCCAGGUGCGGUGCACGGGGCACCCCUCAUGCAAGCCGAACACGCUCACGAUGCCCGUUACAGUCACCAAUCUGUGCCCGCCGAACGCACCUGGCGGGUACUGCGCGGGACGGAAGCUGAGCAUUACUCUGCCGAAUCCCGUGUGGAACAUGAUGUCGAAAGACCCCUCUGCUGGGGUGGUUCCCGUGGAGAUUAAGCGCGUCAAGUGCCGGCGCGUGGGUGGCGUCGCGUUCAACAUCACUGGGAAGGAAUACUACGUCACAGCCAUGCCUCUUAACGUGGCCGGAUCUGGCGCCGUGCGUCGCGUCGACAUCUCGAUCGCGCGCGGCCCGUGGAUGACGAUGCGCAAGAGCUACGGUGCCGUCUGGGACCUGCCGGGUCUGCCCGUGGUCGGCAUGUCGCUCUCCUUCCGCCUCUGGCCCGCCAUCGGGAAUCUCCCGCUCGAGGCAUGGGACGCGGUCCCCGCGAAUUGGGUAAACAACACGAUUUAUCGAACGGCGGUUAACUUCCCGUAGCGAGGAAACGUCACCGCGUGGAGCUGAGAUAGACCUCGGAAGUUGGGGAGAUUCUCAGUGGCUGAUUAUGGUCGCCGGCGCGAUAACUUGGCGAGAAUGUUUUUAUCGGUUUAGGGAAAAUAAGUAGAACAGCAGGUGGUAAACGUUGAUGCGGAAAAUAAAAUCUAAGGGUAGAGGCGGUGGGUCAUAUCGGAACGAUUUUGUUUUCAAAUGCACGUGGUGCGUCUUGUGCACGUGGUGUAGAUCUAUUUGUAAAAAUUACGCAACCAUCAAGCGGGGCGUAUGGACGUGACAAGCAGAUGGGGGAUUGCAAUUGUGGUUGUCCGGCAUUCACACU